CCGCGGCGCACAGUGAUGAUGUCAUCGGGGCCAGCCAGUCUACCCCCUUCGCGAUUCCGAGCGGCACGAGGGCAUGAGGAUCUUAUGGAGGCCAUUUGGAUUUUCAAGAGGACUUCUGGAAGUGGAAAAGUGGACUAUAACUGAAUCAGAAACACUGAUUCCACUGGCUGGGACAUCCCUGGCCCAGAAACUUAGGAAAGUGCUUCGUAUUUUCUUGUUGGGUCAAAGAAGAUUAUCAACCAUGCCAGAAAUAAAAGCAAAUGAAAGAGACUGUGAAUUGUUUUCACCACCCUCUGAUGUUCGAGGAAUGACAAAACUUGACAGAACAGCUUUUAAAAAGACCAUUACUAUUCCAGUUCUUAAAGUAAGAAAAGAAAUAGUCAAUAAAUUGAUGCGAUCCCUUAAAAGGGCAGCACUACAACGCCCAGGUAUAAAACGUGUGAUUGAAGAUCCAGAAGACGAAGAAAGUAGGCUAAUUAUGUUGGAUCCUUAUAAAAUACUUACUCCUGAUUCCUUUGAGAAAGCAGAACUCAGUAUAUUAAAGCAGCUUAAUGUCAAUCCGCAGAUAUUUAAAUAUAAUUUGGAACUAACUUAUGAAAACUUUAAAUCAGAAGAAAUCCUGAGAGCUGUGCUACCUGAAGGUCAAGAUGUGACCUCAGGAUUUAGCAGAGUUGGACAUAUAGCACACCUGAACCUUCGAGAUCAUCAGCUACCUUUCAAACAUCUAAUUGGCCAAGUUAUGAUUGACAAAAAUCCUGGAAUCACCUCAGCAGUAAAUAAAAUCAAUAAUAUUGAUAAUACAUAUCGAAAUUUCCAAAUGGAAGUGCUAUCUGGAGAGGAAAACAUGAUUACAAAGGUUCGAGAAAACAACUAUUCCUAUGAAUUUGAUUUUUCAAAAGUCUAUUGGAAUCCUCAUCUCUCUACAGAACAUAACCGUAUCACAGAACUUCUCAUACCUGGAGAUAUCCUAUUUGAUGUUUUUGCUGGGGUCGGGCCCUUUGCCAUACCAGUAGCAAAGAGCUGUGCUGUAUUUGCCAAUGAUCUCAAUCCUGAAUCCCAUAAAUGGCUGCUGCACAACUGUAAAUUAAAUAAAGUGGACCAAAAGGUGAAAGUCUUCAACUUGGAUGGGAAAGACUUCCUCCAAGGACCAGUGAGAGAAGAGUUAAUGCAGCAGCUGGGACUGUCAAAAGAAAGAAAACAGUCUGUGCACAUUGUCAUGAACUUGCCAGCAAAGGCUAUAGAGUUUCUUGGUGCUUUCAAAUCACUUUUAGAUGGACAGCCAUGCAGCAGUGAGCUCCUUCCAAUAGUGCACUGUUACAGCUUUUCCAAAGAUCCUAAUCCUGCUGAGGAUGUUUGACAACGAGCUGAAGCUGUGUUGGGUGUUUCCUUGGAGGCAUGCAGUUCGGUUCACCUUGUAAGAAAUGUGGCUCCUAACAAGGAAAUGCUAUGUAUCACCUUUCAAAUCCCUUCCUCUGUACUCUACAAGAACCAGAUCAUGAAUCUAGAGAAUCAUGAAGAUCCGCCUCUGAAACGACAGAGAACAGAUGAAGCCUUUUCAGAACAAAAAAACACAGAUUCAAACACUUAAUUGGAAAUGUUUUCUCCAUCUACCCACCAGACUUUUAAGUAGUGAAAUAUAAUUUGUAUGGCUGUAUGAAAUUUUAAGUUACUUUAGUGUUUAAGCCUUAUACUUUGCCUCAUUGUUUUAUAAAUUGAGGAUUAAGUUAAAAUUUAACUGAAAUGGAAUAUUUGUUAUUACUAUCAAAAUUAUGGAAAUAUAAUUUUAUAAUUAAAUUUUUAUUAACUAUGCUUAGGUAUUGUCUGUCUUCUGGGAAAAUAGUUUCUGAAGAUAGGAUAAUUGGAUGCUAAGUAGGAAAGCAUUAAUAUUACAGUUUUGUAGUUAUCCUUUAGUUGAAGGGUAUAGCUAAAUUUUACAUAACCACUACUAGCAAUGAGUUCCUGCUAUAAAUGUAAUAAGAAAUGUUAUUAACGUAGGGAUAGACAAAACUACAUAUUGUAGGCCCAAAAUCUAUUUCAUAUGCUUAUGUUUUCAAAUAGUUAAAAAGAAUCAGAAGAAUAACAUUUUGUGCCAUGUGAAAAUUUCUCGAAACUUGAGUUUCCAUGUCUGUAAAUAAAGUUUUAUUGGAACAUA